AUGGUGGAUACGGGAGCAGAAAACUCAGUAUUACUAGCCCCGAGGGGGCCAGUGUCCACUAAAACAACAUGGGUGCAAGGUGCAACUGGCACUAAACCCUAUAAACGGACUACCCGAAGAACAGUGGACCUAGGAGUGGGCCGGGUAACCCACUCAUUUUUAGUCAUCCCUGACUGCCCCUACCCAUUGCUUGGACGUGACCUCCUAACAAAAAUGAAAGCUCAGAUACAAUUCACAAGUGAUGGGGCUUUGGUGACAGACUCGAAAGGGAAGCCUGUUAGUAUACUAAUAACUAGUAAGCUAGAAGAUGAAUACAGGCUAUACCAGCAUCUCAAGCCUGAGUCUCCAGAGAAUGAGUGGUUACAGGCAUUUCCCCAGACAUGGGCAGAGACCGGAGGGAUGGGACUGGCAAAACAUCAUCCUCCAAUCUUUGUGGAACUCAAGGCUGGGGCUGACCCAAUAAAAGUUCACCAGUACCCUAUGUCACUAGAAGCAAAGAAGGGGAUCACCCCCCACAUCAGAAAAUUACUAGAAUCAGGAAUCCUGAAGCUCAUCCAGUCAGCUUGGAAUACUCCACUAUUGCCUGUCAGAAAGCCUAAUUCCAAUGACUAUAGACCAGUACAGGACUUGAGAGAAGUUAACAAAAGAGUAAUGGACAUUCAUCCAACUGUUCCAAACCCAUAUACUUUGCUGAGUUCCUUAUCACCAAGCCACGUGUGGUAUACUGUACUGGAUUUAAAGGAUGACUUUUUUAAGGGGGUGCUGAAGCAACCGCCCAACUGGUGGUCGAGCAAUGCCCUCAUGGUCCAUUACCAGACCUUGUUACUUAACCCCAUGCGUAUCAGCUUUUGCGUACCAACAGCAUUAAAGCCAGCUACCUUGUUGCCGGAUCCGGACCUGGAAGCGCCCCUGUAUGAUUGUGAGCAGAUCCUGGCUCAGGUGCAUAACCUCAGGCCAGACUUGCUGGAUUGGCCGCUACCAAAUGCUGAGCACACCUGGUUCACCAAUGGGAGCAGCUUCAUUCGAGAAGGAAAAAGGAAGAUUGCUAUCAUGCACUGCCCGGGACAUCAAAAGGGCAUUGAUUUAGUGACUAAAGGGAAUAACUUGGCUGACCACGCAGCCAAGAAGGCGGCCCUCCAACCCAGAGCAGAAAUAUUAGCCCUAGCAGAUCCAGGGCCACGGGCUCUGCCCCCAAUGCCCCAGUAUUCCCAAGAAGACCUGGAAUGGAUUAGGAAAAUUCCUAUGGCCCACAAACCACCAGACAGAGAAGGAAAGAGUGAAUGGUGA